CUCGCUCUCAGGGCCUCCUCGCUCCCCCGGCCGCGGUCCGUGAGCGCAGGCGGUGGAGAGCCGUCGCAGACGCAGCAUGCAGGCACGCUACUCCGUGUCCGACCCCAACGCCCUGGGAGUGGUGCCUUACUUGAGCGAGCAGAAUUACUACCGGGCGGCGGGCAGCUACGGCGGCAUGGGCAGCCCCAUGGGCGUCUACUCGGGCCACCCGGAGCAGUACGGCGCGGGCAUGGGCCGCUCCUACGCGCCCUACCACCACCACCAGCCCGCGGCGCCCAAGGACCUGGUGAAGCCGCCCUACAGCUACAUCGCGCUCAUCACCAUGGCCAUCCAGAACGCGCCCGAGAAGAAGAUCACGCUGAACGGCAUCUACCAGUUCAUCAUGGACCGCUUCCCCUUCUACCGCGAGAACAAGCAGGGCUGGCAGAACAGCAUCCGCCACAACCUCUCGCUCAACGAGUGCUUCGUCAAGGUUCCCCGCGACGACAAGAAGCCCGGCAAGGGCAGCUACUGGACCCUGGACCCGGACUCCUACAACAUGUUCGAGAACGGCAGCUUCCUGCGGCGCCGCCGGCGCUUCAAAAAGAAGGACGUACCCAAGGAGAAGGAGGAGCGGGCCCACCUCAAGGAGCCGCCCCCGUCGGCGUCCAAGGGCGCCCCGGCCGGCCCCCCCCUAGCGGAUGCCCCCAAGGAGGCCGAGAAGAAAGUGGUCAUUAAGAGCGAGGCGGCGUCGCCGGCGUUGCCGGUCAUCACCAAAGUGGAGACGCUGAGCCCCGAGAGCGCGCUGCAGGGCAGCCCGCGCAGCGCGGCCUCCACGCCCGCCGCCUCUCCCGACGGCUCGCUGCCCGAGCACCACGCCGCGGCGCCCAACGGGCUGCCGGGCUUCAGCGUGGAGAACAUCAUGACUCUGCGAACGUCGCCGCCGGGCGGCGAGCUGAGCCCGGCGGCCGGCCGCGCGGGUCUGGUGGUGCAGCCGCUGGCGCUGCCCUACGCCGCCGCGCCGCCCGCCUCGUACGGCCAGCCCUGCGCCCAGGGCCUGGAGGCCGGGCCCGCCGGGGGCUACCAGUGCAGCAUGCGCGCCAUGAGCCUGUACACUGGGGCCGAGAGGCCAGCGCACAUGUGCGUCCCGCCCGCCCUGGACGAGGCCCUCUCGGACCACCCGAGCGGCCCCACGUCGCCCCUGAGCGCCCUCAACCUCGCCGCAGGCCAGGAGGGCGCGCUCGCUGCGGCGGGCCACCACCACCAGCACCACGGCCACCACCACCCGCAGGCGCCGCCGCCCCCGCCGGCUCCCCAGCCCCAGCCCGCCCCGCAGCCCGCGGCCCAGGCGGCCUCCUGGUAUCUCAACCACAGCGGGGACCUGAACCACCUCCCUGGCCACACGUUCUCGUCCCAGCAGCAAACUUUCCCCAAUGUCCGGGAGAUGUUCAACUCCCACAGGCUGGGAAUCGAGAACUCGCCCCUCGGGGAGUCCCAGGUGAGCGGCAACACGAGCUGUCAGCUGCCCUACAGGGCCGCGCCGUCCCUCUACCGCCACGCAGGCCCCUACUCCUACGACUGCACGAAAUACUGACCCGCCCCAGGCCCGCGCCUGCCCCUGCCCGCUCCGGCUUCGCUCCCCAGAUCCGACCCUCUCAGACAGUUAAGGCUGCAGAGA